UUUUUCCACACCUAUAUUCCCUGAUAGAUUUCUUUUUAUCAAUUUUUCACAGUCUAGGCAACUGAGUUAUGCAAGUUUAUGAUCAAUCUGUCAUACAUGAUACAAAUCCAUCUACGAACGCAUACAAAAAGCAAUAAACAAUCCCUACAGUGUAGUGGAACCCGAACUUUUGUUUGUUACGCUUUGAGCGCACUAUCGAAUGCAAAAUAACAUACUGAUGGGGCCAGAGCUUAUGACAACAGGUUUGACCUAAAGCUCCCUCCAUUUAGCUCAGACCUCGCCACAGUUCAUUAUGGUAAUAAAUUCCAUUUAUAAUGUUUUAACACAGGUUUUAUUAUCAAGAUCAUAUUCACCCUCAAUAAUGGUAAAAAAAGCGCCAAAGCCCCCGAGACCCCCCAAGCCCAACAAAACAAACGAUAAGAAAAAGAAGAAGAAAAACGAUAAAAACGUGGAGCUAGUCAUGGUGAACGGCAAGGCAAAGGAGGCGGAUUUGGAUGAUGACGAGAGCGAGCAGCCAUUAAAGACAACAGUUGAGGGCACUAAACAAGAACAGCUUUGCGCUGCUGCGUACAUGGGGGACAAGGAGACAGCCAUCAAAUUACUAGACAAGGGAGUCGACAUCAACUGUGCCGACGAGUACGGCAAGACCCCGCUACACCACGCAACGACAGGCAAACGCAUAGAGUUCGUUGAGUUUUUACUGAGUCGCGGAGCGGAGCUUACGAAACAAGACCAGAGAGGUGACACACCCUUACACGCGGCGGUUAGGACUGGUGACGAGGCGAUAGUCAAGACGCUGGUGUCAAAUGAGAAGUGCAACGUGAAUGCGAAAGGGCGAGGUCUUUGUACACCUCUACACAUCGCAUGCGGAAUGGAUAAGCUCAAGAUCUGCAAGUUGCUGAUAGAGCACGAGGCACGAAUCGACCUGAAGGACGAAGACAAAAUGACACCGCUGGGUCACGCGGUGGAGAAAGGUGCCAAGAACACAGCGGAGUAUAUCUUUAGUAUUGGUAAGAGCACAAACAUGGCAAGGGAUACUCUAAGCACAGCACUUGGCCGCCAUUACAGGCUCCAAACGGUGCGUCGAGUGCAUUUUGAUAAAGCACCCAGACUGUUUGAACAGUGUCGACGAAGAUCAGGUACGUAA